GGAAAAUUCGAAGCCUCCAAAUUGAGUUUGUCUCCUGAUUAUGCCGUGAAUAUUCCUCUUAUAUGUGUCAUGUGAUACAUGUUCAAGCAUCGGGUUGCUUUUUUUAAGUGUAGCGUUUAGAAAGACGUUGCUAUCAGCUUAUAAUCAAAAUCGGAAUGUCAAAUUUAGACUAAGACCUUAUAAUUUUGAAGCCUUAGGACUACAAUGCUAUUACGCCAGUGUGCUAUACUGCUAUUGCCUUUGCGUGCACAAGAAAUUGCGAAAUCUGGUACGCGCUGCUGAAAAAUCGAUGGCUUGGAAGCGAAACCUUGGAGCAUCUUGGAAGGAACAUGGAUCGUAACUCACUCGUACCAGACGUGCGGGACACCAACUUCUUCCCACGGUUUAAAAACCGAAUUCAAACUGUCUAACCCAUGAUUUCACCAGCAAGACGGUACUCUGAAACAUGUCGGUCGGCAAGACGGCGGCCGAGGCAACGGAGGACGGCGGCAGCACCGCCGGCCGGCAGCCGAAGCCGUCGUCCCGCAGCGCCCGCUUGGAGCGCCUCUUGUCCGGGCUGGGCGCCGGUACGCUCGUGGACGCUGAGCCCGACAAGGUGAAGGACGAGAUCCGGCGAUGGGCCAAGAAGGUGGCGGCCCUGGUGCGCCAGCUCAGCUUCGGCACCUGGCCGGAGAAGAGCGACGUCUCGUCGGAGCACCAUGAUGCAUGCGAUGAUGGAUCCGCGUACUGAGCAUCUAAACUGAAGCUAAUUUUCACAGGCAGCAACCACAACUCCGACAUGGUGGCAAUACACAAAGUUCGUCGAUUUCCUUCAUUUAAUUUAUUCAAUUAUUCAAGGCCAAACUGGGCAAUACAGGCUGUUGUAUGUGCAUUAGAGCUUUGCUCCGUUUGUCAAACAUAACAAAAUUUGGCUGCAAAGGUCAUGCAUGUGAAUAAUAAUAAACAGCAGCUGGCAUAUUCUCCUGGAAACUGAUUGUUUCACAAAUAAGGACUUUGCACA